CGUCAAAGUUUCCGGUUAAAUCAUAACCUACAAAUUUACAAUUUUCGUUACUGUUUGUUGUUUACAGUUUUAUUAAUAAGACACAUUGUACUAAGUUGAAGACACUGUUUUAUUAUUGUGAUAGUGAAGACCUUUUAAUUAAUUUAUAUUUGGGUCUACUACAAGCCAGUGGAAAUAUUUUUAAAGAGUAGGUGUUUUUUGUGCAAUGUAUUCUGUAUUAUAUAAAAAAGAAAAUGCCCAUGAAGAAAGCAUUUGGACUUGCGCAUGGGGCAGAUAUACCCCAGAUAAGAAGGAAAAAGAAAAGGAUGCUGAACGAGAGGGUGGGGAUGAUGAAAAGUCAAGAGACUCAAUCAUGUCAGAAGACCAACCUGCUGACUACGUUAUCACCGGAGCUCUGGAUGAUCUUGUAAAAGUCUGGGAACCACAAGAUGAAAAACUGGAAUUAAAACAUAACUUAGAGGGACAUUCUCUGGGUGUGGUAUCAGUAGCUGUAAGUAAUAAUGGCAAAUUAUGUGCAUCAAGUUCUCUGGAUUCCUCAAUGAGAAUUUGGGAUUUAGAAAAGGGAGAGAAGGUAGCAAAUGUAGAUGUAGGUCCUGUGGACUUGUGGACAGUUGCAUUUAGUCCUGAUGAUAAAUAUAUUAUAUCUGGAAGCCAUUCAGGCAAGAUUACACAGUAUAGUGUGGAAACUGCUGCGGCUGAACAAUCUUUUGACACUAGAGGGAAAUUUACAUUGAGUAUAGCUUAUAGUCCGGAUGGCAAAUAUAUCGCAAGUGGUGCUAUUGAUGGAAUAAUUAACAUUUUUGAUGUAGCUUCCAAUAAACUGUGGCAUACAUUAGAAGGUCAUGCUAUGCCCAUCAGAUCUUUAUGCUUUUCACCUGAUAGCCAACUUUUAUUGACUGCCUCUGAUGAUGGGCAUAUGAAGCUUUAUGAUGUACAACACACCCAUGUGGUGGGUACAAUGUCAGGCCAUGCAUCUUGGGUCCUGGGAGUCGCUUUUUCUCCAGAUGGUAACAAUUUUGUGUCUUGCAGUUCGGAUAAGACCGUAAAAGUGUGGGAAGUUAAAAGUAGGCAGUGCGUUCAUACGUUUAAUGAGCAUACAGACCAAGUUUGGGGAGUGAAAUACAAUCCAGACAGCAACAAAAUCGUUUCCGUAUCGGAGGAUAAGAGCGUAAUUGUAUAUAGUUGUCCUAAGUCUUAAAUAAAACUUUUUUCAUUUGC